AUGGGUAUUUCUCGGGACAGAAGGCAUAAGCACCGCAAGACCGAGGUUGCAAGAAAGACCCGUAUUCUGAAUGUCGUCUACAACGCAUCGAACAACGAACUCGUGCGUACAAAUACUCUCGUGAAAAACUCGAUCGUCCACAUCGAUGCGACUCCAUUCAAGGCCUGGUUCCGGUCUUACUAUGGGCUAGACAUCGGCAAGAAGACCCAGGGCGAAGGAGAGGAGAAGCAGCCCUCUAAGCACACUCUCUUUGCUCAGGAGCAGAGAAGGAAUAAGGGAGCACCAAAAGUAGAUCCUCUUCUGGAAGAACAAUUCAACACAGGGCGUCUGCUUGCAUGCAUCAGCAGCAGACCAGGCCAAGUCGGCCGUGCCGACGGUUAUAUCCUUGAGGGGGAAGAGUUGCUCUUCUACAAACGUCGUAUGGAUAAGAAGAAGCACAAGUAA